CCCUCCCUCCCGGAACGCGCAGAAGGAUCUCUAGGCGCACACAUCUGCUAAGUGGAGCGUACGUCCAGUCCGACCUCAGCUCUGCCGUUAGGUGACUUUACUGUGCGGAACCGGUUCUUUGAAGGACUAAACAUUUUUUCGAGCCUGUCUGUUUCAACGCACGCGAAGCAAACAGACUCCACGUCUUCUUCAAAUGGGAAUCACAUGCGCGCGUAAAACUUUGGCACACUAUUUCGCUCGGUGAAUUUCGGAGCCCCUUUCUUUCUAGAAACAUGCCGGAGCGAAUAAGUAUUUCGGAUUUUGUCGAGUUGACAAACGAGGAUUUGUCUUCGCCCGGGACUUCCAGCUUCCAGUCCAAGAUGAGCGACUGCAAGAACACCGUGUCAGCCGUGGAAGAGUGUCUGGAGAUGGACAACUCAACUCUGCAGAGGAUGAAGAAGACGAUUAAAGCUAUACACUCGUCUGGACUCUCACACGUGGAAAACAAAGAGCAGUACAUUGAGGUGAUGGAGAACUUGGGGAACAGCCACCUGAGUCAGGACAACAAUGAAAUCUCCACAGGCUUCCUGAACUUGGCCGUUUUCACCAGAGAGGUCACGUCGCUCUUCAAAAACCUGGUCCAAAACCUCAACAACAUCAUGGCGUUUCCUCUGGAAAAUGUGUUGAAGUCUGAACUCCGGGACAGCAGAUUAGAGCUCAAGAAACACAUGGAGAAGAGUUGGAAGGAUUAUGACAUAAAAUUAGGGAAGCUAGAGAAGGAAAGAAGGGAGAAGGCGCGGCAGCUGGGGGUGAUCAGGAGAGACGGAUCGGACGGAGGGGAGGACAUGGAGAGGGAGAGGAGGAUUUUCCAGCUGCAGAUGUGUGAGUAUCUAUUGAAGAUCCAAGAGCUGAAGGUGCGCCAGGGACCCGAUCUUCUCCAAAGCCUUAUCAAAUACUUCCAGGCCCAGCUCAGUUUCUUUCAGGAUGGGCUGAAAGCUGCAGAGAAUCUCACUCCAUUCAUUGAGAAACUUGCUUCUUCUAUUCACACGAUGCGACUUGAACAGGACGAGGAGGUAAAAAAACUCCUUCAGCUCAGGGAUUCUCUCAGGUUACUUCUGCAGGUCGAGGGAAAAGAGGAGUAUCUGAACCGGAAGAAUUCUGGAAAUGGCUACAGCAUCCACCAGCCACAAGGAAACAAGAAAUACGGGACUGAGAAGUCUGGCUUCCUCCAAAAGAAGAGCGACGGGAUCAGGAAAGUUUGGCAGAGGAGGAAAUGUGGAGUCAAAUUUGGAUACUUGACUAUUUCCCACAGUACGAUCAAUCGACCUCCAGCUAAACUGAACCUUCUGACCUGUCAGGUGCGGCCCAACCUGGAGGACAGGAAGACAUUUGAUUUGGUUACUCAUAAUCGGACAUAUCAUUUCCAAGCAGACGAUGAGCAGGAAUGUCUGGUCUGGGUGUCGGUGCUGCAGAACAGUAAGGAGCAGGCCCUGAACACGGCGUUGGGAGGAGAUCAGCUCCACGUGCAGGACAGCGGCCUGCAGGAACUUUCCCAGUCCAUCAUCGCAGAUCUGCGACACAUGCCAGGAAACGAGGCGUGUGCAGACUGCGGGGCGCCAGACCCAACAUGGCUGUCCACCAACCUGGGCAUCCUGACAUGCAUCGAAUGCUCUGGCAUCCACAGAGAUUUGGGAGUCCAUUACUCCAGGAUUCAGUCGCUCACUCUGGAUUUGCUCAGCACCUCAGAGUUACUGUUGGCCGUCAGCAUCGGCAACACCAGGUUUAAUGACAUCAUGGAAGCAGGGCUUCCCAAUGACUCUGUCAAACCGUUACCACAGAGUGACAUGAAUGCCAGGAAGGAGUACAUAGUGGCAAAGUAUGCCGAACGUCGGUACGUCCUCCGCAGGGAAGAGUCGGAUCCGGGUCGCCUGUACGACGCGGUGAAAAGCCGGGACAUUGUUUCGCUUCUGCAGCUCUACGCCGAGGGAACAGACCUGGCCAAGCCGCUGGUGCUCCCUGAAGGACAGGGAAUCAGAGAAACGGCUCUUCACCUCUCCGUUCGUCUGGAGGAGAGAAGUUCUCUUGCGCUGGUGGACUUCCUCUGUCAGAACAGCAACUGUCUGGAGAAGAAAACGACAGAAGGGAACACGGCUCUUCACUACAGCGUCCUGCACCACAAUCCUGAAUCCCUCAAGCUGCUUCUCAAAGCAAAGGCUUCUAUUCAAGCAGUGAACUCAAACGGAGAAACGGCUCUGGACAUCGCUAAGAAGCUGCAGCACACUCACUGCAUCGAGCUGUUGGAGCUGGCCCAAAGUGGGAAGUUCAACUCUCAGAUCCAUGUGGAGUACAUGUGGGAGAGUCAGUCUCAGGAGUUCUAUGACAGUGAGGAUGACCUGGAUGAGAGAGUGAGUCCAUUACCCAAAAACCGCUCUCCUCCAUCAAACGGAGGUGGUGGAUCUGCCUUCGCCCAGUGGACAGCAAGUAAUGACCCAAGUCCAGGUCUCAGGCCCUGUCAGACCUAUGAGAAUCUGGACUUCCUGUACAAGAAUCCUCCUGCCAACAGCGCCACCACUGGAGCAUCUCUGCCGCCACCUCUGCCAGCCAAAUCAGUCCUAAGAGGCCGCUCAGACCCGCAGAUUUCAGUCACGACAGUGCAGGAUGGAGCCCACAUCCUGCGCCGCUGCUCCAACCCGUCGUCCCACUCUUCCAGUUCUCAGACUCAAACGAAACACGGCUCCUCUUCGUCAAAUACAGAAACCCAGAGUCACAGUGGCAGAACCCAACGAUCCCCACACGGACAAGGAGGUCUGCAAAGAUCGCACAGGCAGACCUGGGACGGCCAAACCCCUCAAAGUGUCUCACAGGCAUCCAAUCAGAAUCAUGGUGGACCAGUCAGUUCAGAGAAGACCACCUCCUAUCGGCGCACCAGCACCGGAGGCAGCAGCUUCGGAAAGGGCAGCGUAGGCUCUCUGGCGCCGCCCUGCGUGGGCAGCCAGGAGGAGCUGUACUGCAGCCUGGUGGGGAACGGAAACGGCUCGGCUCCGUCUCCGGCGCCUUCGUCCUCCCCCACUGUGACUUGUGGCUCUCGCUCCCGCAGGAAUGCAAUGGUUUCGGUCAGCAGGCCACAGAAACGCGUAAAGGCUUUGGUGGACUGCCGAGCGGUCAGCGCCGAGCAGCUCUCCUUCUUCAAAGAUGAAGUCAUUGUGGUCACAGCCACGAAUGACCUCCACUGGUGGGUCGGCCAUAUUGAUGGUGACCCUUCGAGGAGUGGAACCUUUCCUGUCAACUAUGUGCACAAAGUGACAGAAUGAUGCUAGUUUGGACUUCAUCACCACAUGUGGGAAUGGAAAUAAUGUUCUAUUCAUGGAUCCAAGUAAUCUGGGAAUAUUUUCACAACAGGAUCUACUGACCAAAGGAUAUCUGCACGACUAAAUUGUCUUUUUUAGGGGAUUAUUACUCAUCUCAGAAAACAAAGGAACUGGAAACUUUUAUUUGUUGUCUUAAACUUGCAGGUGCAAAGAUAAAGCAAUGACUGUGAAUUGCUUUAAUGUUCUUUUAAAUAUUAAUCAAACAUUUGGGCUGCAGAUAUAUAAGCUGCCUGUAUUGAUACAAGACUUGUGCAUACAGGCAAAAUUUCCCUGCAAGACAAAAAACCUCUUGAAGGCACUUUAAGUUUCAGAGGAAUCCUCCGAAGAGUUGGGAGAGCUGUAAAUGUUUAAUUAGCUAGCCGCUGAAUUUGGAGUUAACUGCUUUAUUUCCCUCUGAACGGAAAAUGACAAGGAUUUUAAAUCACAGGUUAAUGAGUCACAUGAGGUUCAGACCCGCCCAGUAUCUGGCGCAGACUGGUCCGCAUCGUGCCUGCCAGUCUGUCUCCAGUAAAACGUCGAUAUGUCUGCAUAGUCCAAUGAGAGAUCCGAAACUUUGGUUGAGCCGCGGCGACUCCAGGCUCAGGCUGGCUGCAGACGGAGGCCAGGAUCCUGUUUCCCACUGCCUCCAGGCAUCAGUCCCCGGAGAACCAGGAAUAACAGCAGCGUGUUGGGGGGGAAAAUAUAUAUAAGAAGUCCCUCUAUCCGUCCAGGAAAUGGCAUUUAAAGUGGACUUGCUUUGUUCAAGGUUUUUUCACUGUAAGGCCAUAUUUUUCAUGCCACACAUGCACGCUUACACACGGAUCAGCUUCCAGGAUUCAGGAAGCUUUUUGGGAGAAAGGAUGUUUGUGAGCAAAUGAUACACAUUUCUUUUACACCAUUUUCUGUACAUAUUUGGUCAAACAUAACACUUAAACUUAACAUGUCCUCCUCUUAUAUAUAUGAGGAGGACAUGUUCGUAAUAAAAUGCCAAGUUCUGGUUAUAUAAAAUAUGCAAAUAAGAGGAAUCAUGAAGUUUUUCCACCUUUAAUGUGAGCAAUAUGCUGUACAGUUCAGCUAGAAAAUACAUUUAUUAGUAGGAGAUUAUAUUACAAACUACAGUAACGUAAUUGCAUAAGUGUAUACAUCCUUAACUCCUUCAGACCCAUCGUCCACUGGAAUGGACAUAUUUUUCUGGAAUUAAACCAAUAAAAAAAAAAUUAUUUGCAUGAUGGAUCUUACAGAUUGGUUUCUUAUUAAACAAAAACAAUGAAGUUUAGACUCUUAACUUGAUACUAGUGAGUUUCAGGCAUCAGACAAGACGAGCAUGUGUAUGAAGCGAGAGACGGGGACAGUAAGCAUCCGUUUUCCAUCAAAAAUAUUAAUUUAUGUUCAUAGCAGCUUUAAAAAUUACUCAGUAUAAUUUUAAGUAUUUCCAGUCGUAGUAUUUGAAGAUAUUUAGAUGUUUUAUCAUGAAAUCGCAUAAUUUUUUUAAAGUUGAGUGUCCAUCCCAAUGGACAUCAGGAGUUUGUGUAUGUUGUACAACGCCUAAUUAUUCAGUGUUACCAUGCAAAGAAAGACACAUGGAUGAGCAUUUCAUAGCCAGUUUGGGAUUUCUAAAUGAUUUUAUGUUGUUUUAUUUUUUUCAAUGAUGGAGUACAAACUCUCAGACUUUCUUGAAUUGACUGUACAUCGAAAGAUAUCUGAUCUUGAGUGCUUGGAUAUAGGAAAUAAGCCAUGUGAGAACAUGAAUUGGAUGGUAAAUGGAGAAGUAAAGCAGUCCCAGUUUCUCAAAGUGUCUCAUGCAGAGGUGUUCAAACUAUACAGUGAAUCGGUGGGUGGUGUUGUCCUGCUAGAUGAAAUUGUCAGUCUGUACCACACAAAAAUCUGGGAAAAAAGUCAGCGCCCACCAGAUGCAAGAGGCCAUAAUACAAAGGAAAAAUGCACUUCUACUGUUACACAUGUAAAAUCCAGCUGUGCCUUGUGCCACACUGAAACUGCUUCAAGGGUGUUGAUCAAAAAUGAGAGAUUACAUUAAAAUACCCAGCAAGCUGAUGCUUUGUCAACUGUUUGGUAACUGUGCUAUCCAUUUACAUUACUACAAAUAAUAACAUGCCAAUGCAUUUUAAAGUUCAAUGACACAUUACUAAAGUCAAAACUACAUUUUGUAUUAUAUAUUCUCUAUUCAGACAUGCACACUGAUAAACAAAAAGCACACAUCCAGUUUAAAAGGUUGAGAUUGUGCCUUAUUAGAUAUUACAUGAAACACUAUGGGGAAAAGUAUAGAAGUUUUCAAGACAUUCUACGCUCAUUUAGUCGAGAUGUCCAUUAAAAUGGACAUAAAAAAACAUAACAUGAGAUCUCUUUAUUUCUAAGCUUAAGUGGAGUAAACAAAAUUUGAUCCACUAGAAAAUAUUCAGGUCUGAAGGGGUUAAACUAAUACAAUUUUGUUUAAAUAACUCUUACCAAAGUUCUCAGUGUUUGGCAAGAGUGUCAACAUCUGGAUUUGUUCAUAUUUGCCUAGUCUGCUUUUCUGAAAAUGUGUCACGUCAUCACACAACUCUAAUUCAACAGGUUAUUUCAAAAAUGUAAAUAUUCAUUCUUGCCUUCUAAUUUAGAUGUUUGGACUGAAUGUGAUGUUAUAAAAUAAACCUGCAUUGCAUCCUCGGUUUUAGACAGUUGAAGGUUUUUAGUGAACGGCAGUUUCAUCCCUCUUGACAAAAACAUUAAGUUUCAUCUGAAGUAAAACUAACCCCAGAGGAUGAUGCUGCCACCACUGUGUUUUGGUGUGGGCAUGGUGUUCUUUUGGUGAGGCUUUGAGUGGUGGCCCAGAAGUUGAGCUUUGUUUUCAUAAGAUCAUAACAUCUUCUGCAUUAAGCUUUUGAAAGACCUCUAAAAGAAAAUUCUUCUGUAAAAACUCUACACUUUGUAAAUUUAGUGUUUCUUGUCUUAAAAACUUUGUACUACAACCAAAAAAAUUAUAAAAUGUUAACUGUUUUUAAUCCACUGUUUAAUAAAAAAAAGCUUUUUUUUAAUAGAAAAACUGUUUCUAAACUUCAAGUUUUCUAUUUCGCAUGUGACGUAGUAAAUUGUUUUGUACCCUUCUCCUGAAUGAUACCUUUUUAUUUCUUAAAAGUGAGAUUGUUUCAAAACUUUCAAACCACUCUCAAUAAUGGUUUUCACUAAAUAUUGAGGAAAGUCCCUUUGGAACAGUUAAAUUGUAUUUCCGCCUAAUUAGAUUAAUCAUAACUGGUUAUAUUCACUGAUUAAAAUUCACUUUUAGCUGAAUGAAAAGGUGAUUCAGUAAAGGGGGUGUAUACUUAUGCAACCAGGUUUGUUUGUAGGGUGAUUUCUAUAUAAAAUAUGUCAGAUUAAAGGUGGAAAACGUUUGAAAGUUAUUUAUAUUGGUCUUGGGUUUUUCCGUAGCACAAACAUAUCAUUGUGCCAUGGUUGAGCACACUUUUAACAUGUAUAUAUCCUGAAUAACUGUCAUAUGUUGCUUGUUUUCCCAAGUGAUAUGAAUUUUAAGGGACAGUGUUACUUUUUGUUUUUUUAACUUAAUAUUACGUUAUUGUGCAAAAUUUGCUUUGCUUAUCCACCUGACUGGUGUAAAAAGGACAUUUUCUAACUUAAACAGACAUGCAGUAAGGGGGUAGAAGCAUUUAGAAAACUGGUGUGGAGUCUGCUAUUUCUGUUCACAUUGUCCGGUUGCUGUGUUGAUUAUUAGGCAGAAAAACGUGGAAGUGUGAGGGAGCAGAUGACUGCAGCAGAUUGUCACUCUCAGUGGGUACUGUGUGACAUGUAAACAAGAAAUGAGCUCGCUUUAGUUUGUAACAUAUGCAUUAAACAUGUUUAAUGAAGUGCUUUGCUGUAAA